CCAUGGUGACGCGGGUCGAGGUUGGCUCCAUACCGUCCUUAACGGCAGUGCCGGGCCUCGGGGACAUGGGCAAGGAGGAGGCCCUGAAGAGGACUUACUUCUGCCCCGCGGGGGACGCCUCUGGGACGCCCUCGGCCCUGAUCUUGGAGGGCAAGAGCCCCCUGCGGAGCCCGGGCCGCCUCUUCCCCGUGCCCAGACUCGCCCCGCGGCCCUUCUCCAAGGACCAGGCCCCCGACGUGAAGGCCCCCAGCUCGGCCCUGUGGCCUGGGCCCGCCCGGCCGGGUCCCGCGGGGCCUUGUGACCUGGACAGGAGGAUGCCCAGCCUGGGGGGGCAGGGGGUGGACAGUGGAGUGGCCUCGGGGACAGGCCCGUCCCCACUCGGCAAGGCUGCCUGCCCACGGCCUGGCCCUGGCACCGCGCUUCUCUUUGAAGCCACCAGAACUGGUCCCACCCUGGGGAAGGGGCUCAGCGAGGGCACUGUGGCCGUGACCCCCAAGUCUCCUUCCAGCUCCCGGCCUGAGGUGGCCGCCAAGCCUGCCCGGAAGCCCCCAGGGGCCCUUCCCCGGCCGGCGUCACUGCCACAGGACACACGGCCAGCCGUCCCCCAAGAGGAGGCCACCCAUGACCAGUCGGUCCCAGAGGGCGGUGAGGAGGACCCCACGGGCCCCCCAGCAGAAUCCAGGCCUCGCCCCAAGAGAAGGCCCGUCUCGGCCAUGUUCAUGGAGCCCGGUCAGCCCCCGAAGCCGGGCCCAGGCGCAGGGGCCACUUCGGGGAAGGUGGCCCCGGCCCCGCCCGAGAAGACCUGGGUGAGGAAGCCCCGGCCAAUGUCCAUGGACCUCACGGCCCCGUUUGAGAGCAAGGAGGCCCUGCUGAGGAAGGGGACCCGUGAGGGGCCGCAGGGGACAGACAGGGCCAACCCGGAGCCCCGGGUGGACGGGGGGUGGCCUGCCAGAGCCGAGGGUCCCCAUGGGAACCCAGACACAGACUUCCUGGAGGUGGCCAAGAAGAUCCGUGAACGGAAGGAGAAGAGGCUUCUCAGGCAGGAAGAGACGGGCAGCCCCAGGAGCCCAGGGGACCCGGCCAGGGCGGGCACCGGACAUGACCCGCGUCCCCAGCAGGAGAAAGCCAGCCUGGGCCAGGAGCCAGAGAAGACGCCCCCGUCCCCGCUGCCCAGGUCAGCGAGGGGCCCGGAGCUCGCUGAGGUCAACAGCAGAGGGGGCGACAGGGAGGCCGCAGCGGGGACAGCGGGGCCCUCCAGGGGCUGCGUCAAGAAGCGCCUGAGCCUGUUCGGGGAGGAGAGCGGCCCGGGCCCCGCAGCAGCACGCGAGUCCCCACCGGCCACCCCUCAGUCCCCACCCACAGUGCCACCACCCCAGAAGGGGGGCGUGAGUGUCCAGGAGCGGAUCAAAGGCUGGACCGCGGAGGGCUCCAGGGGGAGGCCUGAGCUCAGGAGGAGGACGCUCCCGUCGUCGCGGCCGCUGUCGGCAGAUCUGACCAGACUGUUUUCAAGUUCAGCCUCCAGUAGCGACAUCAGGUGUGAGAAGACCGCUGUGCCCAGCCCCGCGCAUCCUGAGGAGCCCACGGCCGCGCAGAAGGAAGGACAGAGUCUGAAUGGACGGACUUCCCCAAGGACCCUCUGGAAGCCUGAGGUCCCCCAGAAGAAGUGCAGGCAGCCGGCAGGCCAGGACAGCGCUGACCAGGUCGCCAGCCGCUGUCGGGGUGGCGGCUCCCCCGGGGCUCCAGGCUCCCCUGAGGCCACCCUGGAGGACGAGGGCAGCUUCCAGAAGGUGUGGGCCACUGUGUUCGAGCACCACGUGGAGCGACACUUGGUGGCUGACCUGUCGGGACACCGCCUCUCGGCCACAAUCCCUCAUAAUGGGGCAGAGCCCCCUGUCCCAGAGCCCAGACCCAGGCCCGAGAAGGGCCCUUGGUCGGCAGUGACGGUCCCCAGGAAGGAGAACCCCAGGAACCCCGAGAGCGCUGAGCCACGGAGGCUGGGACGAGGCUCCCUGGCCGAUGGGGAGCCAAGACCGGGCCACACGCCCGUCCUGGAAAAAUACCCUUUUGGUGACAAACGCACUAACAGCCCUGUCCCAAGGCCCUUGGAAAACCCCCCGGCGUGGCCGAUGGUGGAGCCCAGGUACGACGUGAUGCUCGCCGUCGGGGAACGCGCCCACAGCGAGGCUGUCCCCCUCGUGCCUGAGGCCAAGGCUGUCACGUUGCGAAGCAGCCGGACCCGGCCCUUGCUCAAGGACCGGCAGCUGUCCCAGGAGGCCACCUCCGCUGACUCGGAGCGCAGCCCACAUGGUCCCCAGGGGUGUGUCCAGAGGGCCAGUCUGAUGUGGGAAGCUCAGGGGCAGGAGGCCAGCGGGAGGCCUGUCUGUCGGGAGCCAAAGGACAUGCCCGGAGGCAGCUGCCCGUCACCCAGAUGGACAGGUGGGACGGUGGUAAAUCUGCAUAGAGCCACCGUGGGGGUCAGCCAAGUGCCCUGUGCUCCUGAGGCCACUUCUUCCAGAACUGUCCAGGCUUCGGUCCAGGAGGCCCAACCCCGGGACCCUGGGGGGGUCAGUGUGUCGGUGGCAGGAGAGGGUCCCUCCCAGGGGGACCUCCAGGGUCCUCCGGCCAGGACCAAGGACAAGCCCUUGAGCUCCCCGGCACAGGCAUGCCCAGAGAUGCAGCCUGUGCAGAAGGGGCCUCAUGUGGCUGCCAGCGCUGGUGACCCAGGGCUGGCCCAGGUCCCCGAAGCCAAGGUGUGGAAAACCAGUCCCACUACCCGGAGGGUGGACCGGUGGAGGCGGCGGACUUUACCCCACUAUGUGAAAUUUGAUGACUUCAGCUUCCUGGGCCCAGAGACCACUGCGAGAGCCGAGCAGAGGCGAGCCGAUUCCCUGGGCCCCACGGCCGGUGCCUUCCAGAACCCCCCCACCCCACCCGCCCGGGAGACCCAGGAGGAGGCCCCAGGGCCCUCAAGGACCUCCCCAGCAGUGAAGCCAGCGUCAUCUGUGGAGCCCAGGGUGACGUUUUUUGCAGUAACAUAUCAGAUUCCUGAUAUUCAAAAGACAAAAAGUGUCGUUAAGCUCGGGCCUGAGAACUCACAGGAACAUUCUAGAAAAACGGCCCCACCUCCCUCAUCCCACUCUCUCACAUCUGCUUUGGUUUCUCCCAACCACGGGGAGCCACAGGCGACUGCGGGCAGGAGAAGCUGGGCUCAGGGACCAGAGUGUGUCAAGGGAACCGACGUCUCCAGAGCCCCAAAGCCCACAGACCGCCCUUCGCCCCCCGGGGACGGGAUUCUGGACCCUUCCCGCGAGAGGAUCAUUGACGUGGACGCUUUAUCGACUCCUCGGGGGUCAGAAGAUGGCGGGGGUCUUCAGAGCAGCUGGAAGGACUGUGGAAAUAAGGUGUCCCAAACUACCCCGGCCCUGCAGAGUCGGCCAAAAGCCAGCAGCCUGCUGGUCAGAAGGAAGACCGAGGUGGUCAGCGAGACGUACCCAGGGAAAAUGAGGGACGGCUACAGACCUGGAGUCCUCGACAUCGACGCCCUGAUGGCCCAGUACCAGGAGCACUGCUCCCAAGGCCCGGGCGAGGCCCAGGAGCGCAGGGGCAGCCCCACCGCGGAGCCCACCAGCUCGCCCCUCGAGAGGCCCGGCCGGCUGGGGAGGCAGGAGCUGGGCAGCGGGAGUCCCCAGGAGGCUGCGAGUGUCUGGAAGCGAGCCAGCCUGGCCGAACCCCUUCGCACGUCCAGCCCCAGCUCCCGCUGGCCGCCAGCAGAGACCCCAGGGCCAGCCCCGGCCACCAAGCCUAGCUCCCCUCUGUGGGCUCGGCCACUCUCCACUCCCACCGAGCAAUGUCCUGUGGCCUCUCCUGUCCCUGAUGGUCCCAGGCACAGAGUCUUGGGGGUCACCGAGAAUGAAAGCAGAGCCUCCGUCAGCCAGCUCAGGGCCAAGGGUCAGCAGUACCCUGCCGAGCGCAGGCCCCCUGCCCCCGAGGAUCCGGCCAGUGGGGUGAGGGUAUCACCUAGAUCACCCGCCGAUGACCACAAGAAAAGGACUCCAAGGAAAUCCACUGGGGAGGGCGAGGAGGCCCCGGGGGGUGGCUCCCCACACCCCUGUGGAAGGUUGGUGCCGGACAUCAAGAGGUCCUGCUCCGAGAAGGGCCCCCGUGCCAGGACCCAGGAGGGUCUGUCCAUCAUGCAGGAAGCCAGAGAGAGGAGGCCAGAGCUACCCAGAGGGAGGCUCAGCCUCCCCGUGGAGAGUUCAGAAGCCAAAGCAGGACCGCGGAGGUGGGAGCCGAGGACUCAGGACAGCCACCAGGUGCCAUUGCGGGGCCUGGAGCCGGGGGAUGCCCUUCAGGAUAAUGAACAGCCACAUCGACAGGGAUCCCCUGUGGCCUCGGGACCUCAGAGAAGUCACAGCUUUUGCAAGGACAAGAGGAAUGGGCCUUUGGUGGACCACCUGAAGCAGUGUUUCUCCAGGCGACCCCCUGAGGCCAAGGACACAGACACCCUGGUGCACGAAGCCGACGGCCAGUAUGGGACAUGGGCAGACCAGCGCCAGAGUGGGGACAGCUUGGCCCCCGAGUCCCCGUCUCCGGACAGCAGCACCCCAUCAGCACGGAGACAGCCCCUCAGUGGCCGCUUGUCCUCUCUGUCCUCGCAAACGGAGCCCGCCUCGGCCGCCGACCAGCGGAGCACCAGCGUGGACCGCUCCAGCUCCGAGCUGGAGUCCACAGACGGGGCGGACGGGCUGCCCCCACCAGAGCCCUGCGUAGCCGGCAGAGCGGACGACUUCUCCUUCAUCGACCAAACCUCAGUCCUCGACUCCAGUGCCCUCAAGACCCGGGUGCAACUCAGCAAAAGAAGCCGCCGCCGGGCUCCUAUCUCCCACUCUCUCCGGCGUAGUCAAUUCAGCAAGUCAGAGAGCCAGUCUCCUUUGGAGGAAGAGAUUGAUAGCAUGUGGAUGUUCAAGGACUCAACAGAAGAGAAGUCGCCCCGGAGGGAAGAGUCAGAUGAGGAGGAGAAGCCUCCUAGGGUGGAAAGAGCUCCCGCCAGCCUCCCUCAGAGGAUGCCCGUGUUCCCGGGCAUGGACCCGGCCGUGCUGAAGGCCCAGCUGCCCAGGAGGCCAGAGGUGGACAGUUCUGGAGAGACCCCUGGCUGGAGCCCCCAACCCAAAGCCCCCAAGUCCCCCUUCCAGCCUGGGGUGCUGGGCAGUCGCGUGCUGCCCUCCAGCAUGGACAAGGACGAGAGGUCAGAGGAGCCCUCUCCCCAGUGGCUGAAGGACCUGAAGUCCAAGAAGAGGCGGAGCCUAUAUGAGAACCAAGCUUGACCGGGCAGGGGACACCGCCACAUCCAAUUAACAGAAGCCUUAAGUGCCAGACUGUCUGAACCCGCCGCUGAGGCCGAGCCGCCGUUCCUGCACCCCGCUCACGUGCCUGGGCCCCUCCCGAGGCCCGAGACUGCUGUCCAGAGCCCCAGGAUCCGGCCCCGCUCAGCUCCCUAGACGGCACCGCUGCCUGGGAAGAGGCCCGGCCACGCAGAAAGGCCCACGCCGCUGGGUCCUGCCUUUCCCUCAGAAGUUCGCAUCUCGACCCUCUCCCGGAGCUGUGGACGCCGGGGCUGGACUGUCACCCUGGGUCCUGGGAAAGCCCCGCAUUGGGAAGGCACCUCGCUCCUCCCCAGGCAGGUCGUCUGGGAAGGAGGUUUUCCAGAGAGUUCCAGUGUUUGCUCCCUGACACGGCCUUGGUCUGGGGCACCACCACGAGGCCACAGUUCCUGGUGACUUCUCGACAGGCUCCUUCCCCGGAAGGAGGCCGCAUUUGCAGUGUCCAGCCACCUUUCCAGUUCCUUCAAGGGUCUCUGUCCUUCCAGGAGCCAUGUGCAGGGUCGACUGCGUCAUCGUACGUCAUUUUUGUUUGCUUUAGAAGGUGAUAAAGCAAUAAUCCCGCCAAUUUUCUUUGAAACUCAA